GAACACGAAAGAAGUGGAGUUUUUUUUAGACACACAAUAUUCUAAAAAACUAAUUUUAACAUCCUAUGCACGGUAAAAUUGCGAGAAUCGAUAAUAAAUUGCCAAAAUAAACUGUAUCGACCUAGUUUUUGGCUUUGUGUGAUUGACAGUUGAUGAGCGAAUCGAUCGAUCUCUUUGACUUGAAACACCAUCUUUUAUUGGUUUAUUUAUAUAACUAGUUGAUACCCAGUGAUAGAAUGAAAUUACAAUAUUUAGUAAUCUAUAAACAAUGGAUUCAUUUCUCAUCAGGAAAAGGCGAAGGAUGACACAAUCUGGAUUUCAUGAUAUUGAUCAAACUACAGACGUUAUUGGUUUUGAACAUAUUCUUAGCCUGUUAUACCAUGGCUUGGAGGUCUCAUGGCAGAACAAACAUUGAUCUUGUUAAAAAUCUGAGGAAAAACGAAAUAAUUCAUAGCGAUGCUAUUGAAAAGGUCAUGGCGAAUGUCGACAGGGCCAAAUAUGUGGCGACCAAUCCUUAUAUGGACGUACCACAAGGAAUUGGUUUCGGUGUGACCAUAAGCGCCCCGCAUAUGCAUGCCCAUGCUUUAGAACUUCUGAAGUCAAGGUUGGUCCCUGGAGCGAAGGCGCUUGAUGUCGGCUCAGGCUCUGGCUACUUGACAACGUGCAUGGCGUUGCUCGUCAACCCGGGAGGACUCGUCGUGGGGAUUGACCACAUCCCAGAACUUGUCGAUUAUUCCAAAAAGAAUGUCAUGUCGGACCAUCCUGAACUACUUGAAAAUGGAACCUUGAAACUUGUCGUUGGUGAUGGACGUGAAGGAUAUAAACCAGAUGCUCCAUAUAAUGCCAUUCAUGUAGGAGCAGCAUCCCCCGAACUUCCGCAGCAUCUUGUUAACCAGCUUGCCCCAGGUGGGAGGCUCAUAGUGCCGAUCGGCCCUGCCAACGGUGACCAGCGUCUAGAGCAGAUAGAUAAAACAGCAGAUGGGAAGGUCAUCAGGACCCCAUUGAUGGGCGUCGUCUAUGUCCCCCUCACGGACAAAAAUCAGCAAUGGCCUGGCAGCUUCUUCCCAUCUUCAUUGAGUCACAUUAAGGAUAAAAAGAUGGAAAGGCAUCAACGUACAAAGACAAAGAACUGAAAAUGAGAAAGACCAAAACAUCCAGCAUAGGCAGACCAAAAUGAUUGGAAACAAACAAACUACUAGUUACACCUCGCAGACACUAAUAGAAAAUCUGAUAACUAAUUUUUUGUUGAAUCUUUCUUCUUCCCAAUCAUUUACUUUAUUUUUUAAUUACUUUUUUUUUAUAUUUAUCAAUGAAUGC